AACCAGAGGUGAAACCAAUAUUCCUCCUAAUGCCAAUUAUCUGAAACCCCAAAUCAUAAACAUACAAAUUAUGUCAACCAAUACAGCCAAUAUCAAUAGUAGCCUUGCAAAUUAUGACCGUCGUAAAGAGCUGGAGGAAUUUGACAACACCAAACUCGGAGUGAAGGGCUUGGUUGACUCAGGCAUAACACAAAUCCCUCGCAUCUUCCACCACCCUCUAGACACUCUAUUUCACCUCAGCAGAGGUACCCAACAAGUUGAUUCGGAUCAUGAUCUCAUACCUGUGAUUGAUCUCUCGGGGUGGCAACCAAAGAUAGUGAAGCAAAUCCGAGAUGCUGCAGCUAAGUUGGGUUUCUUUCAGGUUAUCAAUCAUGGAGUGUCAGUCCCUAUGCUCGACCACCUCAUCGAUGUGAUCAAGAGUUUCCAUGAGCUGCCUCCAGAGGAGAAGAUCCCCCAUUAUAGGAGAGAUACCACCACCUGCUGUAGUGGUGGAGUGGGAUUUUACUCUAACUUUGACUUGUUUCAGUCAGAUGCUGCCAGUUGGAGGGAUACACUUGAAGUUCGGUUGGAUCACUUUGAUACCAAAUCCCUUCCAGAUGUUUGCAGAAAAGAGGUGAUUGAGUGGGAUGAGGAAGCGAAGCAACUAGGAUUGAGACUGAUGAGAUUGUUGUCGGAAGGAUUGGGAUUAAGCAAAAACAGAUUAGAAGAAAUGUCAUGCAUUAGAAGGAGACUAAUGGUUGGCCAAUACUAUCCACACUGUCCAGAGCCUGACAAGACUGUUGGGAUCACAGCACAUACAGAUCUUGAGACUUUGACAAUAUUGUUGCAGGAUGAGAAGGGUGGUUUGCAAGUUAACUUCCAGGGAGAGUGGGUUGAUGUGAAACCUGUUCAUGGUGCUCUUGUUAUUUCUAUUGGCGACACGCUUCAGAUGAUAUCCAAUGGUGAGUACAAGAGCGGAGAACAUCGCGUAUUUGCUAAUGAUCAACGUGAACCAAGAGUUUCAGUCGCAGUUUUCUUUGAUCCAGCCAUCAGUGAAGAUGUAUAUGGACCUUUGCCUGAAUUAGUUUCAUCAGAGAAACCUGCUUUGUAUCAACAAUUCAAAUUCUCGGAUGUGCUUGAGAAAGGCUUAGAUACAGGGCUAGAGGGUGAGGGCAAUUACACAAUCAACUACUUUCGAUUAUAAAUUUGGGUUUGAUUCUAGGUUAGACACUGAGACUUGAGAGUGUCAUGUUGAAUAAUUAUCAUAAAUCUACUAAUCUAGUUGUAACUUGUAUUAUGGUCGGAUACUAUUUGAAGUUAUAUUUUUGUGUUGUGAAAAGUUACUUUUUCUGAACUA